GGUGGCAACUUUUGGUCCAAAACAGUGUUUCCGAACGAUUCGAUACAACUCUAGCCUGGCAGUAGGAAAGGUUCGACUUUUGUGUUCAUCGUGCGAAUAAUCUGCAAAAAAAUUUGACAAAAUGACCAACGCCUGGAGAGCAGCAGGACUUACCUACAUCCAAUAUUCCAACAUUGCGGCCCGUGUCCUGCGCCAAGCUUUGCGCCCGGAAAUGCGUGUGGAAGCCGCCAGACGCGACGCCAGCCACGUGAAGUUCACUCCUUGGGCCAACGGCAGGCCAGCACAUGAAAAAGAUUAAAUUAUCAGUCAUGUAGCAAGGUCACGCAAAGCGGAAACUGCCUAGAUGAUCCCUAAUAAACUGGCGGCCAACGAGAUUCGACGGCAAUCAGCUGAGAUGUUUCCAUAAUUAAAUUAUACGAAUUAAAAGAAUAUUAAAUAUGAAAACAAUUU